UCUGUAGGAGUUUCUCUGUGACCAGAAGUUCAGUGAUGAAGAGGACCUGCCGGAAAAGCUCGCUGCCUUCAAGGAGAAGUACAUGGAGUUUGACCUCAACAAUGAAGGCGAGAUUGACCUGAUGUCCUUGAAGAGGAUGAUGGAAAAACUUGGGGUCCCCAAGACCCACCUGGAGAUGAAGAAGAUGAUCUCAGAGGUCACGGGCGGGGUCAGCGACACCAUCUCCUACCGAGACUUUGUGAAUAUGAUGCUGGGGAAGCGGUCCGCGGUCCUCAAGCUAGUCAUGAUGUUUGAAGGAAAAGCCAAUGAGACCAGUCCCAAGCCAGUUGGCCCCCCACCAGAGAGAGACAUUGCCAGCCUGCCCUGAGGACCCCGCCUGGACCUGCCCCUGCCCUCUCCACCCCUGCUCCUUUCUUCAGCUCUCGCUGGCCACCCUGACUCAUUGUGAUUUGUCUUGUGUGUGUGGUCAUUGUGGGUUGGUUGGUUGGUCGGUCUCCUUGGACAGAAUCUGUGAUCUUUGUGUAAAGCACACAUUGCCUGCCUUAAAGGGGAUCUGGGUCUUAGACUCCUGAGCUUCCGGUCCCCUCCCUCUCUCCUGCCAUCCUUCCAUCCUUCCUCUGCCGAAGAGCUGCCAGCACACCAAAAACUACCGCGGCGAGGGGAUGGCUAGGAGCCAGGACUGAGAGGCUGAGAGCCUUUGCUCCCAAGCCCCAGCUGCCACCUUCCAGGAGGUCUCUGAGCUCAGGCUCACUGGCCUGGGCCUGGUGAGCACCCAGCCCAUUUCAGAAGGCCCUGGCAUUGGGCUAAGGCUGUAAGGCCUUGUGAGGUCUUCCUUGGCCAGCCCAGCCCUGUGUUCUUGGCUUAGCCUGGCUUCCUGCCAACCACACCAUGCCCUCCACACGCCUCCUGCCCUCAGUGAGGGGCCUCAAGAAGGGAACAAGGAUGGCCAUUGAAGCCCUUCAAGAAGGUCUUCUCAAAGGACCCUUCUGAUCAUAUUCCCUACUGACUCUAACUUGCCCAGAGAGGGUGCAGCCCACAGGUCCCUGCUGGGAUAGGACAGGGCUUUGGAGGGAGAAGUGAUCCAGGGACCUUACAUUUUAGGAAGGAGGCUGCGGUCACAGGGGAACCAGGAAUAAAAUACUUGUGGCACAAAGA